AAGGAUUGUUGUUUGUGAAGUAUAUGAUCCCGUGUGCACGUCGUACAAAAAAAACACGUUUAUAGUUUUUAUUCUAAAAAUUAAGUAUUUUAAAAAUUUUAUAGUAAUUUUGAGACCACGGUGCGUAAAAUCUCCAAGGUUUCAAUGAAUCCAUCAGUCGUUUGGAACUCCCAGUAUGUUCCCCGCGCCUCCCUCGUCGCUAACCGUCCCGAAGAUCGAGAUCGACUUUGACACGCCGCACCGGGAGCGAUUCUUGCGGGAUGAGUAUCCGCAGGGUCGCGGUGGAGGUAGCGGUGGCCCUAAUCGGUACACCAUCCUUGGCCGGGGCAGCUACGGGGUGGUCAUCAAGGCACGCUACAAAGCCCGACCGGUGGCGGUCAAGAUCUUGGAGAAGCACAAGAAGCACCAGUGUCGGUACGAUUCGCUGCGGAACGAGUCCAACGUGCUGAACUUGAAGCAUGAGAAUAUUGUGCGGGUGUUGAAGAUCAUUUCCGGGGCGCAGUACGGUCUGGUGAUCAUGGAACGCUUCGACGGACACUGUCUGCAGACGGUGCUGAAUCAGAACGUCGAGAUAUCCGUGUAUCAUCGGUUGAUGAUUCUGUGUGACAUCAUCAACGGGUUGUGCUUCUGCCAUCGUAACCACAUCGUCCACCUGGAUGUGAAGCCUCAAAAUGUCGUGGUCUGUCUGGUGGUUCCGGGAUAUCCCGACUCCAGCUGCAGCCACGUGCGAAACUACCUCUGCAAGCUGUGUGAUUUCGGUUCCUCACUGACCCUUAACACGAUCAACAUCAACGAAAAGUCCAGCAACCGGGGAACCAUUCGGUACAUGGCUCCGGAACAGCUACGUGGAACCGCUGGUGUCACCGAAACAGCAGACAUUUACUCCUUCGGGAUCACAAUGUGGCAACUGUCGGAGGGCAAAGAUCCGUACGACUCGAUCGUGUCCAACGAAGCCGUUGCGUACAACGUGGUCAAGAAAAAACUCCGUCCGGAUAGUGUCACAACGGUGGCGAUUCUGCGCUCCGAACCGGUUCCCAUCCCCAAAACUAACCUCCAGCCACCACCCCAAGCCUUCCGGGCACGCAAAAACAGCGACAACUCGCUGGAGAUCGCUCAGUCCUACUUCAGAACCAGCUCGCAAAGAAGCUUCCACAGCAGCAUCCGGAUGUGUUCGAACAUUUCCGGCCAGUUGCCACCGAACGUGGAGUGUGCCGCCGCUGCCAUGAGCGAUGUCCUCAAGCAGCAGGGCAUUGAUCUGGUGGAACCGCCCAGUUCCUUCGGGACAUCUUCCGCAAAGGAAAACCUCGAUCCGGAUGAGCUGAGCAUCGCCACGCUCGGUGCCAUCUUCCGUCAAAGUGUGGAUGUGAGUUCGAUCGAGCUGAAUCAUCUCCGGCAGGAUUAUCGCUGUUUGUAUCGCAAGUGCUGGCAGCACGAGGCCACCAUGCGUCCUUCCUCCGGGGAUGUCCGAGUCACGCUGCACGGCAUGCUCGAGCGAAUUGCUUGUUUUAAAUAGUUUUGUAUAGGUUUUUUUUUUCUGUUUGUCACGUCUCUAGCACUUAAGUUUUAUCUUUUCGUGCCGCAGAUUGCAAGUCUGCAUCAUAUUUUAUCGUAUUUUGUUAAAUUGUGUUUAGAUUUAGUGUUUCCUAUUCUAGGAAUUUUAAGGUGUUUUGUAAAAUAAUCCAAAUUAUUUUAUGCGUCCACGAAUCACGGUGGUCAAAUAAAAUAUUGUGUUCGUUUGUUAGCCACCAUUUGUUGGCAACAACUUCUGGAAAAAUAAAUA